CUCUCUUUCUCUCUCUCUCUCUCUCUCUCUCUCUCUCUGGCUGUAGAGAAUUGAUUGAAGGAGAGAAUGGGAAGGCAGCCAUGUUGUGAUAAGGUGGGGCUGAAGAAGGGGCCAUGGACAGCUGAGGAGGACAAGAAGUUGGUCAACUUCAUCCUCACCAAUGGCCAAUGCUGUUGGAGAGCUGUCCCAAAGCUUGCAGGUUUAUUGAGGUGUGGAAAGAGCUGCAGGCUCAGAUGGACCAACUACCUGAGGCCUGAUUUGAAGAGGGGCCUGCUUUCAGAGUCUGAGGAGAAGUUGGUCAUUGAACUCCAUUCUCGUCUUGGAAAUAGAUGGUCUAAGAUUGCAUCUCACCUCCCCGGUAGAACUGACAAUGAGAUAAAGAAUCAUUGGAACACCCACAUUAAGAAGAAGCUGAGGAAGAUGGGAAUUGACCCCAUCACCCACAAGCCCAUCUCUUCUACUGAUGAACACCACCAAAAAGAGGAACAACAGCAAGAACAACCAGAUGUUGUAGCUGAUGAACAUGGGAGAAGCGAGAACAUGAGCCUCCUCCAAUGUCUACAGGGACAAGAAGAAGAGAAGGGCGUCACCGGUUCAUCUGAUUUCAUGGAGACUGACACAUUGCUUCAAAAAUCCCCUGACUUCUGUACUGAUGAAGUGCCCAUGAUUGAACCCCAUGAGAUUAUAUUACCUUGUGCUCCUACUACAUCCUUCUCUACUUCCAUGCCAUCGUCAGGCUAUUCGUCCGGUUCAUCGGUGAAAGCUGAAGAGAUCCAAUUUCCAUGCAUGGAGUGGCCAGAGACCACGUACCUCUGUGGCAUGGAUGACUUCAGUCAAUGGGAUUUGAUCUCUAGCGAUGGAGAUGGGACACUUGGCCUUGAUCCUUUAAACCAGUAUCAAAGAAUUGCCUGGGAUCGGGAAUCAUGGAAUUAGAACUGUUCUGAUUCCGUUCUACAUGGUUUUGUGAUUAGUAAACGCAAAGAAAAUAAAAGGAAGGAAGAAGAACAAUCUCUCGUUAUUCUUUUUUUUUUUUUGGUCUAUGAAAGGGAGAUCAAAUCUCUCGUUAUUCUUCGGAAGCUACUUUGUUCAAUUUGAAUGCCAAAAUAAAUAAAUAGGAGGGCUGUUUUUUUUUUU